CGGCCGGAGCCGCGCCCGCCGCUGGCCGGGACGAUGGUGCGCUGGGAGGCGGCCGCGCUGCUCGCCGCGCUCGUCGGUGUCUGCGUCUGGACCGACGAGACCGGGAAAGUUAUCUCGGAUCGGUACGCUGUCUACUGGAACCGGAGCAACCCCAGGUUCCACCGCGGGGAUUACACGGUGGAGGUCAGCAUCAACGACUACCUGGACAUCUACUGCCCGCACUACGAGGAGCCGCUGCCCGAGCGCAUGGAGCGCUACGUCCUCUACAUGGUCAACUCCGAGGGCCACACGUCCUGUGACCACCGGCAGAAGGGCUUCAAGCGCUGGGAGUGCAACAGGCCCGAUUCCCCCAACGGGCCCCUCAAGUUCUCGGAGAAGUUUCAGCUCUUCACCCCCUUCUCGCUGGGCUUUGAGUUUAGACCUGGUCAUGAGUAUUACUACAUCUCUGCAUCUCCCCCCAACAUGGUGGACAGGCCCUGCCUGAAGCUGAAGGUCUACGUGAGGCCAACGAACGAUUCCCUUUACGAAUCCCCGGAGCCCAUUUUCACCAGCAACAACUCCUGCUGCAGCCUCAGGGUCCCCCAGGCCGUGCUCGUGGUGGUGCCGGUGGUCUGGACGUUCCUGGCUUCGUAGCACAGCCGCGGCCGUGC